UCACGCGGGGUCCUACCAGCUUCCCCGUCCAUAGGAAUGACGUCAUUGGAAGGGCAGUCAGCUGAUUCUGACCGAUGAAAUGAACCAAAAUAACAUGGUUUAUCAGUGAAAAGACGGUUACAAUCUGCCGACAACUGAAGCUACUCUGUCUGGACACUGUUGACAUGCUUUAUUGGGACCGUCAUCAUGGACAAGAUUUUAGAGGGCCUUGUGAGCUCCGAUCACUCUGUUCCUGUGAAGAGGGCCAUUGUGAAGAAGGUAGUGGAAGCAGCAGAGAAAGAGGUGACGGAGGAGCAGUGUCAGGCAUUGUUUACUCUCACCACCCGCCUCAUCUUGCUCGGUGAAGAUGCCUUUCAGAGGCAAAUCGGCUUCCAGGUCUUGGAAGCCUACGCGCGCUACCACCGCCCAGAGUUCGAGCUUUUCUUCAGUAAAGACUUUGUCCUCGGUCUUCUCCAGCAGGGCUACGGCCACCUGGACCGCAAAGACCCAGCCAUAAUAGACUACAUUCACUGCUGCCUGCGGCUUCUUAUCAGCUGCCCCUCUGUGCUUGAGAUCUUCAGCGUGAUUCAGGUGGAGAUUUUAAGGAUGGUGUGUGAACGUCCUGAGCCAGCUUUUUGUGCCCACCUGAGCACUGUGCUGUCAGACUUUGUGCAGUGCAUCCCGAGGGAAAAGUCAGGCGUUUUAUUCUGCCAGCAGCUGGUGAGGACCAUCAGUUACUUCCACUGCUUUGCCAGCCAAGAACGGGAGCUGAGAGAGUAUGUAGGUCAGGUGACCAAGGUUAGCACACUGCUGCAAAACAUCUGGAAGGCUGAUCCAGCCACACUGCUUCCCUCACUGCAGGAAGUGUUUGCUAUCAUCUCUUCCACAGACCCUUCCUUUGACCCUUCCAUUGCUCUGGCCAGCCUGGUGCAGCACAUCCCCGUCCAGAUGAUCACAGUGCUCAUCAAGAGUCUCACCACGGACCACAAUGUCAAAGAUGCGAGCAUGACUAAAGCCCUCUGCAGGAUGAUUGACUGGCUGUCUUGGCCUCUGGCCCAACAUGUUGAUACCUGGGUGAUUGCUCUACUGAAGGGACUGGCUGCUGUUCAGAAGUUCACUAUCCUCAUAGACGUCACUCUGCUUAAAAUUGAACUGGUAUUCAGUCGUCUGUGGUACCCCAUUGUGCGGCAGGGAGCGCUAGCCGUGCUCUCCCACAUGCUGCUGAGUUUCCAGCAUUCUCCUGAAGCCUUCCAUUUGGUUGUUCCACAUGUGGUGCAUCUGGUCCAGUCUUUGAGGACAGAUGGUCUCUCCACCAGCAAAGCUUUCUUGCUGCAGUUCACUGAGCUCAUACACUGCAUGAUGUACCAGUACUCCGGCUUCCCUGACCUCUAUGACCACAUACUAGAGGCCGUCAAGGAUCUCCCAAAACCCAUAGAAGACAAGAUCAAGCUGGUGUUGAAUCAAAGUGCCUGGACGUCCCAAUCCAACUCAUUCGCUUCAGGUCCUCUGAGGCAAGUUGGAAAGUCGGAGACCGGCAAGACUGGCCUGGUCAACCUGGGGAACACCUGCUUCCUGAACAGCAUCAUCCAGACCCUCUUCAUGGCCACAGAUUUCAGGCGUCAUGUUUUAUCAUUACAUCUAAAUGGUUCAAACAUACUUAUGAAAAAGCUCCAGCUGCUCUUUGCUUUCCUUGCACACACUCAGAGGGCAGCAUAUGCUCCCAAAAACUUCUUGGAAGCAUCUCGGCCUCCCUGGUUCAAUGCCGGCUCCCAGCAGGACUGUUCUGAGUACCUCAGAUUCCUUCUAGACAGGUUACACGAAGAGGAGAAAACGAUUCAAGUCCUGGACUCGGUUAAACCAAAGGUGGCCCUCCCUGUUGACACAAACAGCAAAGAGCCAGCAGGUCCGACUUCUCCAGAGGACGGCGAGGAGUCGUCUUUGACUCCAGCAGAAAUCAAACCUGAGAAUGACGGGAGGACUUUGAUAGAAAGGACGUUUGGAGGGAAGCUGAUCACAGGUAUCCGCUGUAUGCAGUGCAACUGCAUCUCUGAGAAAGAGGAGCCUUUUACAGACCUCUCUUUGGCCUUCUGUCCUUCUGGAUCACAGGGCAGCUCUCAGUUUGAGGGGCCCUCUGAGGAACCCAAGGUUCUCUGUCAGGGAUCCGUCAACGGCGGCAGUGAAGCUCCUGAGCCAGGCUCGGCCAAAGCACCAGCUAGCAAUGUCCAUUUUGUGCCCGUGACUAAUGAGCCUCCUCUCUCUGUUCCUGACCUGGUAAACUACUUCCUGGCUCCAGAGAUCCUGGACGAAGAGAAUGCCUAUUUCUGUGAGAAGUGUAGCUCCCUCCAGCGGGCGGAGAGGACCAUGAAAGUGGUGUCAGCACCUGAAUACUUGAUCCUCACCCUGCUGCGAUUCUCCUAUGAUGCCAAAUGCCAUGUCCGGAGGAAGAUAUUGGACAACGUCACCAUCCCGCCACUCAUGAGACUUCCUGUACACGCCCCUUCGAUGCCCUCACAAUGUUCCUCUUGUACUUCCUCUCCACUGCAAGUGGAUUCUCCCGAAAGCAGUGAGAAUCUGGCGAAGAAGCUCAAACCAUCUCAAAAAGACGAGGAGGAAGAGGAGAAGGAGAGGCUAGUUGGAGCGGAGCAGAUAAAUAUAGGAGACGAGAUGUCAGUCCAGUCAGUGCCCUAUGUGCUCAGCUCGGUGGUGAUGCAUUCUGGGAUAUCGUCGGAGAGUGGCCACUACUAUUCCUACGGUCAUAACAUUAAUGGAGCAGACGGAGCACAGCAUCCAGCCAACCACUUCGCCCUCAAGGAUGAUUUGGGGAAUGGCCACCCUGAGUCCAGCCUCUCCACUUGCUCUGCUCUCUCAGUCCCACCGGAGAAAGGAGACGCGCCACCUAACAGUGGCCAGGAGGCACGGGAUUGGCUGCUGUUCAACGACAGCAGAGUGACAUUCACGUCCUUCCAGUCAGUGCAGAACAUUACAAAUCGCUUCCCCAAGGACACAGCGUAUGUGGUCAUGUACAGGAAGCAGGAGCUACCGGGGCAGAACAUAAAUGGGGGACUGAUGGCAAAUGGAAUGAGAUUGAGUGUUGAGCCUCCGCUGCAGAAAGAACUACUGGAUGCUAUAAUAAAGGACAACAAGCUGUAUUUACAGGAACAGGAGCUCAGUGCUCGGACCCAGGCCCUCCAGGCCCCUUCAUCCUCCUGCUCAUUCAGGCCCAACGGUUCAGAUGACAACAACCCACCCGGGAGCUGCGGUCCAUCUGGUGGAGGCGGAGGGGGAGGGGGCUUCAAUACCAUUAGUAGACUGGUCUUCUGAUGGGAGAAAUAUGCUGCAGGAAACCAGAUGAACUGGCACUAAGAGAGUCGAGGACCGAUCAUACCAUCGAUGUGCAUAUAGCCUCAUGAAAUGAUUCAUCAACACUCACACAUGUACACACACACGGAGCGUCUGCGCUGAUUCUGAUCCUACAGUUGGUUUUGUUCCGGCUAAAAAUCUUUUCUAGUACCACUGUUUCACUCAUUUUUUGAUAGUAUUUUAUUUAUUUAGAUUUAUUUUUUGUGAUCUCAACAUUGUAAUCUUUCAUUUAACUUCCAAAUUUCAAAACUUGAGAUAGAUAACACUUAUUGGUGCAAAUGUAUUCUCUCCCUAAAAUGAAAUAAAAAUAAAAUAAUGACAAUAAUAAUAAUAAUAAUAAACAUUUACAUACAUUGAUAAAUAUGUGACACUGGUUCUAGAGUCUAGAACAUGCUCAUGUUAUCUGGCUUGUCACAGUGUUUAUAUUACCUCACACACACACACACACACACACACACACACACACACACACACGUAUGCAAAUACAUGCAUGUGUAAGAUAAACAGACUUUUUUGAUUUGUCAUAGUUCUGAACAUUCAGCUCACAACCUUUGUGUAUUUUUCUGAUUUGCAUGCAGCUUUUCUUCACGAACGGUUCUCUGAUUUUGAUGAUAUUUAGAUCUUUUGUGUGUGCUUUGCUGUGUUUUACAGGUUUCAUAUCCCAUGCAAUAAAUGUACAUAUGACUUAAAAUAUCAUAAUCAUGGAAUACAAAACUAUCUGUGGAAAAUGGAAUACUACAUUUGGGUAAUCUGCAAGGCAUUUUCAACAUGAAUAUUUAAUGCUGACUAAUGGGUUGUGUUCAAACAUAUUUGACAACAGUUAACUGUUUGACAGCAUAUUUUAAUGUAUUCCUCUGAGUUGAUCAUUCAGGGAGACUUUUGUGUUCAUGCUGAUUUUAUGUGCCUUUUUGAUAUAUUUAAUGCAGAUUUUUGAAGAGGAAUUUGUCAGGAUACACACCUCAGCUGUACUGUGUUACUAUUCAUAAUGGAUUCACCUGUCCCUACAGUAAAAACAAACCUGUAAAUGUUGUAUUGUGUUACUUAACCACAGUUUUGACAAUUUAUUUAAGGUUAUUUAAAGAAGUAUGUUGGUAAAGACGUGGGCGGAUGUCGGGGAUUUAACUAUAAAUGUAAUGGCUAACAUAUGAUAAUACAAAUGUUAAAAAAAAUACAAUUAAUAAAUACUCAAUUGCGGGAUGGCAAGAGAAAGCAGCAGAUGGUUUCUGGAAACAUAUUAUUUUUUCUGGAAAUGUGAAAGAAACACUCAAAUUCUGAGUGUGUUGUGCUCAAGCAUACCUCAAUGUCUGCAUGACCUUACUUUCACAUUUCCGCUGCAUAUAUGAACCAGGAGGAGCCAUCUCUAGAAAACAUCUAGCCUUUUGUUUUUUUAUGGGAUAA